UGCGCCGCCUCCCUGGGCUCCUUGGGGCUGCUGAGGCUUUUGGGAGCUCCGUGGCCAUGGAGCUUGGCCGCUACCUUGGGCGUCUGCCUGGGCGGCGGGGGGUGGCGGCUGCUGCGCCUCAUCUACCGGACGGCGCCCAGGGAUCUCUUUGGCCUCUCGGUGCUGCUCCGAGUCAAGUACAAGUUGCGGCGGCAUCAAAAAGCCAAGAGCACCGUCCCCAAGAUGUUCCAGGAGGUGGUCCUCAGGCACCCCGACAAGGUGGCCCUCGUUUACGAGGCCAACGGGGAGCAGUGGACCUUCAGGAGGCUUGAUGAGUAUUCCAACGCCGUGGCUAAUUACUUCCACCACCAAGGCUUCCGCCCGGGGGACGUCAUCGCCAUCUUCAUGGAGAGCCGCCCCGAAUUUGUGGGCCUCUGGCUGGGGAUGGCCAAAAUCGGCCUGGAGGCCGCUCUCAUCAACUUCAAUUUGCGGUUGGAUUCGUUGGUUUAUUGCGUCACCACCUCGGGGGCCAAAGCUGUGAUUUUUGGAGGGGAGCUCUCGUCGGCGAUAUCCGAAGUGAACGGGAUGUUGGGGAAAAACAUGGCAAAAUUCUGCUCCGGCGACUACAACCCGGGGCUGGUUCCUGGAGAGACCAAACACCUUGAUCCUCUCCUGAGCGACGCCUCGAAAUCUCCCCCGGCUCAGAUUCCCCUCAAAGGCUUAGAUGAUCGACUCUUCUACAUCUACACGUCUGGCACCACGGGGAUGCCCAAGGCUGCCAUCGUGGUGCACAGCAGUGGCCUCUCGGUGCUGCUCCGAGUCAAGUACAAGUUGCGGCGGCAUCAAAAAGCCAAGAGCACCGUCCCCAAGAUGUUCCAGGAGGUGGUCCUCAGGCACCCCGACAAGGUGGCCCUCGUUUACGAGGCCAACGGGGAGCAGUGGACCUUCAGGAGGCUUGAUGAGUAUUCCAACGCCGUGGCUAAUUACUUCCACCACCAAGGCUUCCGCCCGGGGGACGUCAUCGCCAUCUUCAUGGAGAGCCGCCCCGAAUUUGUGGGCCUCUGGCUGGGGAUGGCCAAAAUCGGCCUGGAGGCCGCUCUCAUCAACUUCAAUUUGCGGUUGGAUUCGUUGGUUUAUUGCGUCACCACCUCGGGGGCCAAAGCUGUGAUUUUUGGAGGGGAGCUCUCGUCGGCGAUAUCCGAAGUGAACGGGAUGUUGGGGAAAAACAUGGCAAAAUUCUGCUCCGGCGACUACAACCCGGGGCUGGUUCCUGGAGAGACCAAACACCUUGAUCCUCUCCUGAGCGACGCCUCGAAAUCUCCCCCGGCUCAGAUUCCCCUCAAAGGCUUAGAUGAUCGACUCUUCUACAUCUACACGUCUGGCACCACGGGGAUGCCCAAGGCUGCCAUCGUGGUGCACACUGUGUUUUUGUGUUUACUGCUUCAGAUUAUUCAGUAUAUCGGGGAAAUCUGCAGGUACCUUCUGAACCAGCCGGUGCGAGAGGCGGAGACCCAGCACCGCGUGCGGCUGGCGGUGGGCAACGGGCUGAGACCCACCAUCUGGGAGGAGUUCACCAAGCGCUUCCGAAUUAAGCAGAUCGGGGAGUUCUACGGGGCCACGGAGUGCAACUGCAGCAUCGCCAACCUGGAUGGCAAGGUGGGCGCCUGCGGUUUCAACAGCCGGAUUUUGCCCAACGUUUAUCCCAUUCGUUUGGUGAAGGUGAACGAGGACACGAUGGAGCUGAUCCGGGAUUCCAGGGGGCUGUGCAUCCCCUGUCGCCCAGGAGAGCCAGGGCUGCUCGUGGGGCAGAUAAACCAGCAGGAUCCCCUGCGGCGCUUCGACGGCUACGUCAGCCAGAGUGCCACCAACAAGAAGAUUGCCUACGACGUGCUGCGCAAAGGGGACCAGGCCUACCUUUCAGGAGACGUGUUGGUGAUGGAUGAGCUGGGCUACAUGUACUUCAGAGACCGGAGUGGGGACACCUUCCGCUGGCGAGGGGAGAACGUCUCCACCACCGAGGUGGAAGGAGCCCUGAGUCACAUCCUCAACCAGACGGACGUCGCCGUGUACGGAGUGGAGGUCCCAGGGGUGGAGGGCAAAGCUGGGAUGGCGGCCAUCGCUGACCCCAUGGCCAAAGUCAACCCCAACCUCCUCUACCAGGAGCUGCAGAAGGUGCUGCCUCCCUACGCCCGGCCCGUCUUCCUCCGCCUCCUCCCUGAGGUGGACACCACAGGUACAUUUAAGAUUCAGAAAACCCGCUUGCAGAGGGAAGGCUACAGCACCAUCUCGGACCCCUUGUAUUUUCUGGAUCUAAAGUUGGGAAAAUACGUUCCACUGGACGAAUGCCUUUACGAAAGGAUUUGUUCUGGAAAAGCCGCUUUAUGAUCUGGUCGGAUUCAGCCUUUUUUUUCCGAGGGGGGGCAAGAAAUGUGCCCCUUUUCCCAUCCCCCCGGACUAAUGGCGGGGGGCCACGGCGCUGGCGGGAAGCCAUGGAUUCCUGCGCCCUCCUUCCGUGGGGGUCUUCCUCCCCUCAAGCGCGUUAACCCCCCGCCUGCUGCCGCCUCGUUAACCUGCCCCCCGAGCCCCUAGAGAGUAUUUUUGUAACCACUACCCGCCAUGGCCAUAUUUAUUUACGGAGAUACCUGUGCCCCAUGGGGAGAGGGGGGGAGGCUUCUCUCUGCUCCCUCUCCCAACUUAACCGGUUUAGACCGUUUUUAACUGCACUUGGCGCUAGUUUUAACGACCCUUAAGUCUGGGGAUGUGAGGAUAUUAAAAAGAACAAACACAAAACUGAAAAA